AUGAAUUGUUUGAUUUCUUUUAAAAAUACAAGGUCAUGUUUCGUUAAUAUACCAGAUUCCUUGCUAUUACAAUUGGAUGGGCCUAUACAAGAGUAUGCAGCUUGCUUGCAGAUUUCAACGAUUGAAAAAGAAAGAAAUCCGAUAAGUUAUUUUUUGGGUAUCUCUGGUUUGCCUUCUUCCUUUUCAACACAUGACACUAUUGAAAUUGAUCCUAUAUAUGCUCAUACUCUAGGAUUAUCUGAGUCUGAAAGGGUUUAUUUAUACUUGAUUAAGGUUGAAAGUAUAAUUGAAAGACUCGAAAUAAGACCCGUUUCUCCUGACGAUUGGGAAAUCGCAGAACAAAAUGCGAAUUGGUUAGAAACAAAUUUCUUUAAUAGCUACCGCAUUAUAAGUAGAGAAAAUUUCCCCAUUUUUCUACCUUCAGGGACUGCAAUUACAUUCCAAAUGGUGAAUGCUGAACCCAACUUUCAUGACUGUGGACGUUUGAAUCCCUCAUCCGAAGUUCUGGUAUCUCCAAUACUUAGAGAGAAAGUAAGUGAGAGCAAUUCGGGAGUUACUUUACGGUGUGUAAUUGAAAACGAUCUUUUACCGAGGGAUGCUAUCAUCAAUCAUCCUGAACUGUGUGUAUACAUUCCUCAAGUGUUUGGAAGUUUAGUAGAUUCUGUCUUUAUAGAGCCACUAGAAGCUUCUUUUUCUUCUCCUUUAGUGGUCCGUGCUAUCCAACUCCCUUUUCAAUGGUUGGGACAAUUUUUCGUGUCGGGAAGUUUAGCUUCGUCUUAUAGUUUUGUCACCGGCGAUUUUUUUAAAAUCUGGCCUGCUGAUGUUGGGACGAUGUCAUCAAAAUUUAUUUUACGCCCAUUGAAUCAAGAGAGUAUGGAGGAAUUUGUUACUAAUUCAGUUGUUUCGAGGAUCAAAUUUUCGUAUUUAAUCAACGGAAUGGAACUACAAAUUCCUGAUUUAAAUGCUGUGUACUCGGUGGAAGGCCGCACAGGUUACGUAGAAAAUGAGGAAAGUAUUACCGUGGACUCCAGUCUUUUGUCCUUUAAUGAUAAAAAACGAAUUGUCCAUAAUAAAACAAGAAUAACACCAAACCCUUUCCAAGGAUUGAUGGAUAGCAUUCUAACUUCGGCGAAUUUUGGAUAUAAUGUUUUGGUGAAUGGUAUUAAGGGGUCAGGUAAAACUACUUUACUGAAGUCUUUACUUCAAAGUUGCUGCUUUUCUACGGUGUUUCACACUGAAUUUGUUUCUUGUACGGACUUAAACUUGUCUUCGUUUAGCAAGUUUGAAGGGUUUUGGGAUCAACUGAUACUUAGAUCUUUGAAAUAUAGUCCGACCAUCCUGUUUUUGGAUGAUUUUGAUAGUCUUUUGGUUUCCGAAAAUGAAAGUGAUGAAUUGACUUUUGUUUCAGAAAGGCAAGCUCAAUACUUAGUUGAAAGGUUAUCAUAUCUAAAGUCUAUAGAAAACAUUUCAAUUGUUGCGACUGUUAAGGAUCUUACUAAAUAUCCUACUGAUUUGAAAUCACGCUUUUUUUUUCAACAACGUAUCUCAAUCCCAGCGAUGACAUAUAAUGGUCGUGAAGAGAUGCUGAACUUCUUUUUCAAAGAACUGAAUCAGAUUCUUCCAAAGGAGUGUUUGCAAAUCUUGUCAAAAAAGACUGAUGGUUUUACACUGUUGGAUUUGUCGUUAGUAACGAAGCGUGUAUAUAGUGAAUUAACUUUGCUAGAUUCACUAGAGAAUUUUGGUCGAGUUAAUGAAUCUAUAAAUACUAUCCUAAAGGGCUAUGUCCCUCUAAACUCAAGAAAAACAAAGUUUGUCAAGUACGACAUUGAUUGGAAUAGUAUCACGGGAAUGCGGGAUGCUAAAUCGGUCUUGCAUGACAUUAUAGAAUCCCCAGUCAAAUAUCAUGCUAUCUAUAAGCAAUGCUCUCUACGGCUUCCUACUGGAGUAUUAUUGUAUGGGUACUCAGGCUGUGGUAAAACACAUUUGGCGUCUUCUAUUUCAAAUGCUUUUCCAGUGCAGUUAAUCAGCAUCAAAGGACCGGAAAUAUUGGACAAGUAUAUUGGAAGUUCCGAACAAGCAAUUAGAAAUUUGUUUGAAAGGGCGCAAUUGGCCAAACCUUGCGUAUUGUUUUUUGACGAAUUUGAUUCAAUUGCUCCACGAAGAGGCCAAGAUACUACAGGGGUUACGGAUCGAGUGGUAAAUCAACUUCUUACUCAAUUAGAUGGUGCUGAACAAUAUGAGGGUGUUUACGUUGUUGCAGCAACAACUCGGCCUGACAUGAUCGAUCCUGCAUUGUUACGUCCGGGCCGGUUGGAUAAGUUGGUAUUAUGCGAUCUUCCAAGCAAAAAGGAAAGAAAAGAUUUUUUUCUUAAAAUCUUGGACAAAUAUCAGGUUGCUGAUAAGUCGGUCGUGGGUGACCUAGUACCCAAAACAGAGGGUUAUUCUUAUGCAGAUCUAUCAUCUAUAUUCACGGAGGCUCAUCUGAUUGCUGUACACCAACAUUUAGAAAAAGAAAAUUCAUUUCCCCGAAAUGAGAAAUUAAGGUCUUUGACAAAUUUGUCAACAGAGGUCACGGCAGACAAGACGACCUUAGCCUCGAGGGACACAGAGCUUACUUACGGCUUAAGGAAGCUCGAGAUUAGUAAAGAAAAUAUUUUAAAUGCGUUACGGAAAACCAACUCGAGUGUUUCUGGGGAGGAGUACAGCAUGUUGUCAUCAAUUUACAAACAUUACGCACACUCAAGUUUAACAAAUCAAAAAGAAGAAAUUAAAGGAAAAUCUGGAUAUAAAACACGGCAAGCAUAA